AGUAUAUAAGCUUCGCGUGGUCCUUAGAUUUACAUCAUUCGCGAUCGUACUUCGUCUUAAAACAUACGAAUUUGUUACUAUAAAAUAAAUAUGGCUAAAUUCUUGAUUGUCGCACUGGCAUUAGUAGCCGUAGUAUCUGCACGACCAGGUUACGGCGGCGGAAUCGGAACCAGCAGUGGUGGGUAUGGCGGUCACUCCGGUCUCGAGGGAGGCGUUGGCGGACAUGGCAAUAGUGGUUUUGGCGGUCAAGGAGUUGGCAGCGGAUUCGGUGGCCACUCCGGCGGUUUUGGUAGCGGAGUUGGAGGUGGCCACUCCGGCGGUCUCGGUGGCGGAAUUGGAGGUGGCCACUCCGGCGGUUUCGGUAGCGGAAUUGGAGGUGGCCACUCCGGCGGUUUCGGUAGCGGAAUUGGAGGUGGGCACUCCGGCGGUCAUGUUGGCGGAAUAAAGGCUGGGCAUGCCGGUGGCUUUGGAAGUGGAGUUGGAGGCGUUAACGGUGGCUAUGGAUCUCAUGGAGGAUUCGGUUACGGACACGGCCAUUAAAAAAACUAGUUGUUAACAUUAUUUUGUACUAAUAAUGUUUAUGUUCUGCAUAAUGUUAUACAUUUCUAACCUGUGAUUAUUAAUACAUUUUUAUAAGAA